AUGAAAAAUUAUUAUAGUGAAAAAACACAGUAAUUAUAACAUAGAAAAAACAAUUAAUAUAAUAGGGUUUUAAUAUAAAAAAGGUUAGAAAAACAAGUCGGAAAUAUAAUAAUGAAUAUGGAUUAGAAUAAUCCUCAAUCUUAAACUCUUUAUGAUCAGAAUAGAAUUAUCAUGGAGAUUUUAAAUAAAGAAGGAGACCAAAAUAUGUCAAAUGGUUUCUUAACAUUAGAACAACUUUAACAAUAUUCCAUAUAAGAAAUUGGAGAAAAUGUUAUAGGUGAAUUUGAAAAUGUGAAAGAAUAAUUGGGAAAAUUUUUUAAAGAGUCGUAAGAUGUGAAAAAUAAAUAUGAUUUACUUAGAUAAGAAUCAUUAUUACUAUAGUUUCAUAAAAAAUAAAAAAAUGAUAAAAAAAUUUACAAUCAUGAAGAAAUUGUAGAUUUCUUGAGUGGCUUUAAGAUUUCAAGACCAUAGAAUACUAUAGCUAAAGAAAAGAAAUAAAUAUAAUCUCAUUUUGAUAUAGAAAAUUUAACAGAAUAAAAAAUUUUCGGGAGAAUAAUUUAAAAUUUAGACUACAAUAACAAAAACAUUCACAAUGUGAGUGCGGAUGAAAGAGAAGAAUUUUAAGAAUUAAAGAAUAUUUUCAUGAAUCAAUUAGGAAUAAAAAAUAAUAAAAGAGGUAAAAGAAAAUAAUUGAAAGAAUUUGAAAAAAUUUCAGAAAAAUACAAUAAAAAAUUUUUAGAAGAGAUGAAAUUAGACUAUGAGGUUGUAGAUAUUGGACAAAAAAUAUUAGAUUCAUUACAGGAUAUCGGAAAUGAGUAAAAGAGAGUAAAACUAGAAGAUCUAGUUCUUCUUCAGUAUAUGUUUUAUAAUUCAUAUUCUAUUUUAUUGUAUUGGUCUGGUUUUGCGAAAGAAUCUUCAGAUAAGACGUUUUGCAAUAACAAGUGGAUAUAUUAUAUAACGUUCUUAUUAGGUUAUGCUUUCUAAUUUUCGCAAAAGCGCCAACAAAUUGAAGAUCUAAUGAAUGCUGAAAUGGGAUCCGGAUCAUUAUAAUAAGAAUAAUCUCAAUAAGAAUAAGAUUUGAAACACAGCUAUUUUAAAUAUAUGAGCAAAUUCGUCAAUGAAAAUUAAAAUAAUCUCACCGGAGUGUAGAAUAUUCUCUAAUAUGAGAUGAUGGCGAACGAAUAACUAUUUCAACAUAUAAACUAAAUGCGAUAAGAUGAUCAAUAAAAUAACUAUGACGGAUUGAAUUAGAUGAGAACACAAGAGAACAAAGAUUUCUAGUUGAAACCUAUAUUAUAGGAAUUAAUUUACUUACAAUACUAUUUAGCAAACACAAUCCAUUAUCUAAAUACGAAAUAUUUAGAGUAAGACGGUUUUAUGGAUAGUUUUUAAACAGAUGCUUAGAAUUUAAAAUGUAAAAAAACUUCUAAUUUUCCAAAAUUUUUUAAAAACCAAUAAAUGAAAAUGGGAGUUUUUGUUGAGAUAAUCAAAGGAAGAAAUGGAAAAAAAUAAUUAUUACCCGUCGUGGUUCCUUAUUUAAGAAUAGGCGAAUAAGGUGAAGAUUUUGAUUAUACACCAAAUCAAUAAAAUUAAAGCCAAAAUAUAAAUUAAGAUCAAAAAUCAGAUAAUUUGGAAAAAUAUCAAAAAUUCAACAUGAUUAGGAUAUAAAAAAUUUGCACAGAAGAGUCAGUUCUUUAAAACAAACAAUUAAAUAUGAGGAAUAACAUUUUUGGUGUCUAGUAUAAAUUUAAAGACAUUAUGGACAAUAUAGAAAAGGGAAAAUAAUUAGUAUUGCCUACUAAUUUAAAUUUUACCUACGGAGGACACUUUUUUAAUAUAUUUUGGAAAAAUAUAUUGACUACUAUACACGGAUAUGUGUUAGAACCGUAAAUUUAUUUGGUUUAAAAUUUCUGCAAAGCAAUUAAAAAUAAAUAAUAACGACAAUAACUUAAUAUGGGCGGUGAUUCAGAUGAAGAAUAAUAUAAUUAACUUAGAAAAUUAUAAAAUAUUAUGCUUUAUGAAAAAGCAAAGUUUUUUGUCUAGCAAUGCAAAGUAAGCAAAUGUGGAGAUGUACAGAUAUUUUCUCUUAUUAUAAAAUGUCUACUCAAAAGAUAUGAAAUAAUUAAUAGAAACCAAGCUCGAUUCAAGAAUCAACCUCACGUAUAGCACUGUUAACACUUAUUUAGGCACAUUCAAAAUAUUUAGAGGAGAAUGAAUUCAGUUUUUCAAAAUGAUAUAUAAAUAUAAAUAAAUAUUUAAAAUUAAUAAUAUGAAAUUAAGUUCGCAUAAAGUAUGUUAUUUAUAUAGAAUUUUGUGGUCGAGAAAUAUCAAACAAGCGAUUUAAAUUAAUUAAACUAUUAGCUCUUUUAAUUUAUAGAAUUUUACGGUCCAUAAUAAUAUUUGGGAUUAGAAUUAGAGAAGAAAUAAAGGGAGGAAUAUAUUAAAAAAAAUUAAUAAGAAGAAGAAUUAAAUCCUAAAAAUGAUUAAGAAAACCAAGAUGAUGAUGAAAUACCUGGAGAUUAAAAUUCUAAUUCUAUUCCCAUAAACAAAAAAAUUAAGAAAGCUAAAAAAUCAUACAAGAGACCAAAUACGAAAAAUAAAAAUUCUGUUAACAACAGUUAGAGCAAUGUUAUGAAUUAAAAUAAUAAUAUCGAAUAAUAGGAAAUCUAAAUUUAAUCUAACGCAGAUGUUAUCCCUGAGCCACAAUAAUAAUAGCAGAAUUAAUAGUAGAAUUAAUAAUAGCAGAAUUAAUAAUAACAACCACCAAAUAUAUUAAAUACAACUUGUGGAUAUGUGCCCUUAGAUAUUGCCCCUAAUGGAGAAUAACAAAGAUGGGCUUAUGAGAUAUAUUUCUCUUAAAAUAUCGAAUUUCAGUAGUAGUAAUAGGAAAAGUUCCGUAGAUUUGCGCUCUAAGAUUAAGAAAUGGACUACCAACAUGAGGAACCAUAACAAAUAUAAUUCCACUAAAUUUAAUAAUCCGAAUAGAACAAUAAUUAGGCUCUUCAAAUGGAAGAAGAAUAAUAUGAAGAAGAAGAAAAAUAUGAAUUCUAAUAUUAUAACUUCAACGCCGAUUUAAAUACAUAAUUUAUUUACGGUACUCCCAAUAAUUUUGAAAAUAAUUAUCAAAACCAAGCAUUGACCUUGUAUCAAGACAGGACUACAAAUUAUAAUUAUAAUUAUAAUAACGAUUUAUAAUAUUAAUAAUAAUAAUAAUAAUAAUAAUAAUAAUAAUAAAAUAAUCUAUGUAUCUCUUAAUUCGAAUUCGAUCCACCCAAUUUUUUUGAUGACGAUAAUAAAUACAACAAUUGA